UGCUUAUGGUGUUGCCACAAGUGGGGGAAAGGGAUCGUAUGAAUAUGGGAUGUUGUCCCUCCCACGCCUACAAAUUCAUGACAUGUGCGCAACGGACUGUCCGUAAGUCCAAACAGUGCACCAAAACGCACCGUAAGGCCGUCGACGACCUGAUGGUCUCCGGCACCGACAUGUGCGGCGACUACUUCGACCAAAACGCCCGGUGCGACAAACUCUUGGCCAAAACCCCUACACCGGAUCCCAAAUCAUACGUACGUCCGAAAUCACUGUUCGCACCCGUCAUGGCCCUCAUGGACAGUUACCGGACCAUCCGGUGCGACCAGUCAGCCCACGAGCGUAUGGACCGUAUUGUGCAGCGCAUGUUCACACUCGGCCUCCCGGACCCCAUACCGGAAACCGGUGCCCAACUGAGGCAAUGGUGCUCAUCAGCCAUGAGGGAGGCGCCCUUCAUAUAUGGAUAUCUCGAGAGCUGUCUAUCUGAUUUUGGUAAACUACUGAUCAAGGUGAUGGCCGGUAGUGUUGGCACAAGUUUCCAGCCUUAUUGUGGCGCUGAGGCCCAGUCCCUGUUCACGAGCCCCACCCCUCUCAUGCAAGAGUACGUAAAGGCGGCGAAAUGUGGCAAUAGGGCGGAGCCUAAGCUCAUUGAGUGCACCAAUGAGUUCGUUGACAGGAUUAUGGGUAUAGUGGAGGCGCCCGACACCCAACGCAUACGAAUGGGCUGUUGUAGAUUUUAA